GAUUUGUAUCUCAUUCCAUUACAAGCAUCACAACCCCUUCCCGAAUUCAUUGAUCUCCUUGAUCAAGUUCAAAUACCCAAAAAACGAGAUGAGAACAUGCUUUUAGGAGUAUUCGUCUUGAAUAAAGGGAAAGUCGUUGUGCCUCCAACUACUGCCCCUGUUGUUCCCGCUGCUAGAUCUGUAGUCGACACUGGGAACAGCCCUGUACCCGUUACUUCGCUUCCGUCUCAGUCUCCAGUUCAAAAUGAUACGUUACCGUCAUUUGUAUCAUCAUUAGGAGCGGCAAAUGCUCCUUUACCGUAUGGUGUAAAUCCCUCCCCACCCGUACCUGUCAUGCCCGGAAUACCACAGAUCCCGUCUCAAGUCCAAGGCAUGCCAUAUUCGUACCAUAACCAAAUGAUGAUGCCACCACCUGUUGCUACCGCUAUUCCGCCACCUUCCGCACCCAAUCUCUCAGCACUCGCCGAUUCAAUCAAGAAUAUGACACCAGAUCAAAUCAAUCUUAUCCUCAAGGGUCUUUCUAUGGCCAACUCGAAUCCUUCAGCCAGUUCCUCAUUACCUCCCGCAUCAAGUUGGAACCCUCCCCAACCUCCAGACUCCAUGUACCCCUAUAUGGAUUCGCAUAGUAAUCAUGGGCCACCACCACGAAGCCCUUCGCAAAGCUCACGACCGAGGGAUUGGGAUGAUCGGUACCCACGAGAUCGAGACAGGGAGAGGAGAUCUUCACCACCGUAUCGAGGCCGACCCAACAGACCGCGAGACCGUGACGAACGAAGGGACCGUGGUCGUAAUCCUCGGGACAGACGAGGAGAAUAUGGGUCAUCAGACAGUGGCUGGGCACGAAGAUGA